AUGGCUUCUCUAGGGCAAGGUGAAACCUGCACCCGCACCUCCUCGAAGAUCUGGGACCCGGUCUUCAACAGUUCGGAUAUCCCGCUCCUCCCGGGCUCGCCGUGCGGCGACAAGAAGGGCUACUGUGACAAAUUCCACACCUGCCGUUUCAUAGAUGAAGACGGCCCCAUCGCCAGGGUGAAAAACUUCAUCUUGGACUUCAUCGAAAUGGAGGACCCGGCCGGCUGGAUGAAGACACAUUGGUGUGUUAUCCUUCUGGUGGUUUUAACCUUAGCAGCCAUGAUGGCUGGCACUGUCUUCCUCUUCGGACGGACAGUCAGCAGUAAACCAGAUGAACCAUUCACCAGGAUCUCCCCCAAGGCACUUCAGAGGAAGAAACAGCACAAUUCCCUUCACUGGGAAAAGGAGGCUUAUGUCGAAAUGCACCAGAAACGGCUACGUUCUGGCCCUGCGGACCUUUGCUAAGCGGAAUCUGCCAACACACACUUCCAGUUGCGGCACGGAUAAACACCAACAUUUCACGAGCCAUCACACUCAAGUGCAAAAAAACCCAAAAAAAUCAACUACGAAGAUUUUCUUACUGAUAUGAUCCCUCUAAUUUUCCU